UUCCUGGGAACUUUGGAGCAGCCCAGGGUGGAGAGCCUGAGCUCGCUGGAGGAGAGGCAAAAUGAACAUUCAAGAGUAUUUUGCAAGAAUUUCUUACAACGAGUCCCAUAAGGAUGCAGACUUGCAAACUUUAACAGUCAUUUUCCAGCAUCACAUCCAGUCGAUUCCUUUUGAAAACCUCAGCAUGCAUUGUGGGGAGAAAAUUGAACUGGAUUUACAAUCUACUUACAAUAAGAUUGUGAGAAAGAAGCGUGGUGGAUGGUGCAUGGAAAGCAACCACCUUUUAUUUUGGGCCUUGCAAGAAUUAGGGUAUGACAUCUGUAUUCUUGGAGGAAAUAGUUAUGAACCAGCAGAGAGGACAUACACUGCUGAGAUAAAUCAUAUCCUACUGAAGGUGGUGAUCAAGGGAAAUUCCUACAUAGUAGAUGCUGGUUUUGGUGGUGCCUACCAAACAUGGCAGCCAUUGAUGUUGAUUUCUGGGAAGGAUCAACCCCAGAUCCCUGGCAUCUUCCGCUUCAUGGAAGACAACGGCACCUGGUACUUUGAGAAAGUCAAAAGGAAGCAUUAUAUUCCCGAACAAAGUGUCCCUUUCACUGGUACCCAUGAACUGGGGAAUAUCAGAAAAAUAUAUAAAUUCACUCUCGAGCCACGAUGUAUAAAUGACUUCCAGGAGCUAAACACAUACCUACAAGUGUCUCCAGACAACAUACUUCAGAAGAAGUCAAUCUGCAGUCUCCAGACCACUGAAGGGCUUCAUAGCUUAGUUGGGUGGACCUUCACUGAGGUGAAGUAUAACUACAUGGAGGACGUGGACCUGGUGCAGAUCACAACUCUUACAGAUGAAGAGAUUGAGAAGACACUGAAAGACAAAUUCAAUAUAGUGUUGGAGAACAAACUUGUACCAGUAAACAUUCGUGGCUUGCCACCUAAUUUAGUGGAUAUGAUCUAAUUCUAAUGCU